AUGUCACGUUCCGGUAACAAGAAACCUGUAGGCUUUGCAACUCAUAUCACUGCAGGUGGGAUAGCCGGUGCCUGUGAAGCGCUGACAUGCCAGCCCCUGGAUACCAUCAAGGUGCGAAUGCAGUUGUCCAAGUCGGGACGCGCACCAGGGACAAAACCGAGGGGAUUCUUCGCCACCGGUGCAAACAUCGUACGGCGGGAAACGCCUCUGGCCCUAUACAAGGGUCUCGGAGCCGUCCUCUCUGGCAUCGUCCCCAAGAUGGCGAUCCGUUUCGCCAGUUUCGAAGCCUACAAAGGCUGGUUGGCGGACAAGGAGACGGGGAAGACUAGCCUCGGGAAUAUUUUCAUUGCUGGUCUUGGUGCAGGAACGACAGAAGCCAUUGCUGUCGUAACGCCUAUGGAAGUGGUGAAGAUUCGGCUGCAGGCACAGCAACACUCCUUGGCUGAUCCGCUAGAGGUACCGCGGUAUCGGAACGCCGCGCACGCGGUGUAUAAGAUUGUGAAAGAGGAGGGAGUGUCGACGCUGUACCGUGGCGUGUCGCUCACUGCACUGAGGCAGGCGACGAACCAGGGAGCGAACUUUACGGUAUACCAGGAGUUGAAGAAGGCAUUCCAAAGGUACCAGCCUGAUCUUCCCGACUUGCCAUCAUGGCAACACAUGUUUAUCGGUCUUAUUUCUGGCGCUGCUGGACCAAUGUCGAACGCACCUAUAGACACUAUUAAAACUCGUCUCCAAAAAAGCACCGCCAUCCCCAGUCAGUCAGCAUUCCGCCGUAUCGUUAUCAUUGCUGAGGAUAUGUGGAGAACUGAGGGUGUGAGAUCGUUCUACAAGGGUAUUACGCCGCGUAUCUUGCGUGUUGCUCCUGGUCAGGCGAUAGUGUUUGCCGUGUAUGAGAGGGUUAGCAAGAUCAUUGAGCGCAUCCAACCCAAACAAUACGAAGAACACAAGUACACAGAGUAG